CCAUCUUUGUAUAUACAGUAUAUAAAUGACCCUCUUCGACCUCGGUAUUGACAUUGGCCUCGGUGGUUUGUGUUGUUAUCAGGAAGCUGAAUGCUUAUCAGGAAGCAGAAUGCUUAUCAGGAAGCAGAAUGCUUAUCAGGAAGCUGAAUACUUAUCAGGAUGCCUGGGUUUACAGGUCACCGUCCAGGACUCGGAGCGGGUUACAAUGUUAUUCUCCACCAUCAUCCUCAGGUGUGACUACAGCACCUCCGCGCAGAUCCAGGACGUAGCAGUCACCUGGCGCUACAAGUCUUUCUGUAGAGAUCCCAUCUUCGACUACUACUCCGCAGCGUAUCAGGCGGCUCAGAGUCUGCAGCAGGAUCCGUCCAAUGACUGUAAUGACAACCAGAGGGAGGUCCGCAUAGUCAUCCAGAAACGGGGGCAGAACGAACCGGUACUGGGCACGGAUUACAGGCAGAGGAAGAUCACUAUGCAGAACAAAGCCGACCUGGUGAUCAGUGAAGUCAUGUGGUGGGAUCAUGGCGUCUAUUUUUGCUCUGUGGAGGCUCAAGGAGACACCGCCGGGGACUCUGAUAAGGAAGUGAAGAUGAUCGUCCUGCAUUGGCUCACCGUGCUCCUGAUCGUUCUGGGGGGGUUGUUACUUCUCCUCUUCUUUGCUAUAUGCUGCUGCCAGUGUUGUCCUCAGUGUUGCUGCUGCUAUGUGCGCUGCCCGUGUUGUCCGAGAACGUGCUGCUGUCCAGAAGAAGUCCUUGCUCGCCGCCGAUAUAUGAGGCAAAUUCAGUCCCAGGCCCCGUGGAGGAUGGAGAAAGCUUUCUAUGCUGGAGCUGACCGCAACUCUCAGCAUUCAUCUUAUCAGCUCAACCCUUUACUCCAGAGAGACUUCUCCCAGCAGAACAGCCUCCCCAUGGUCAGGCAGCCCAGCUUUCCUUCCUCCAACAACCAAGUGCUGGAUUUUCUGGAGAGCGUAAAAAACUUAAACCCGGCCCAACCACUAGUGGUGGGAGGCCAUUACGGCGGACCCAGACCUCAGCCCAGCAUGUUGUCCUCCCUCAGCGAGAUGGGGGUCGGGGUACGAGAAGUAGAUCGCAGAGUCAUUCAGCUCCCUCCCCUCGUAGAGCACGUCGUCAACUCCCACAGAAGCAGCAACUCCUCCCAACAUCGGAGACACCAUUCAUGGGAUCAGCUAGAAAGUGACCGAGAGAGGAGGAGGACCCGGUCGGGAAGAGCUUACUCGGCCGACAACGACUUGCGAGACAGACAGAGAAGUGACCGCUCACAUGGCUACAGAAGAGAUCCCCAAAGUGAUGGACGUCCGAGAAGAGACGUUUCCCCGCCUCGUAGACGCGACCGAAACGGCCCUAGUGAUGACUACAGCCAUGAUGACCGCCGCGGCCGGCCCAACUAUAGCUCUGACCGCCAAAGGUCUGAGAGAUCCAGGAGGAGAGGAAGCCCUGAACGGCACUCCCGGCAAAGGAGGAGGAGCUAUUCUCCACCAAGCGAACGCAACUCGUGGAGCUCUGACGAUGAGAGUCACUACAGAGACAGAAGAGAGAGGCGUCCGAAGUCAUACGAGUGGCCCGAGGACAGACCGCCCAGCUACAAAUCACUGGACAUCGCCGUAGGCAAGGGCAAGAACCAGCGAAAUGCCACGGCCAGACAAUCGGAACGGGGCAGUUCCAGGAGCGGGAGGAGCAUGAUCAUCUAAAAGACGAGGUUCAGCAGGCACCGCGGUGGAAUUAACACCGUAAUCUUCAUUUCAAACACGUUCAUGGGAGACGACGUGUGUUCUGGAUACCCCAUGUGGAAGAGCCGUUCCUUCUCGAUGGCGCCCCCUUAAGGAUCAUAUGUGAAUGCCACCUGCCUGGCAGUGAUCAGGACGGUCUACUUAGGGUUCCCUCUAGCAAUGUUCACCAUUGAUUGAGAUGCCACUGGAAGGGGCACCAUAUAUAUUCUAUACGGUUCCAUGGUGUCCAUUUAGAGGAUGCAUAGACAAUACGUGUUCUGCGCUUGGUCCCCGGUUUGUAAUUUAAAGGGAACCUGACACAUAGUAAUAGUAAUUUUACACUCUGCCUUGUGGUACCCCCAUUCCAUAAGCGCCAUUAAAACAUACGGACAUCGUGGGGGGGAGGGGGGGGGAUCGCUCUUAUAAGCCAUUGCUGUCCAAUGAAUGGCUGCCGCGUGAUACGUUUUUUCUGAGGAUGUGUGUGGUCGUCCAAAGCUUCAACAAGUUAGGGCCCAUUCACACUAUGUUUUUUUUUUCUAGCGGAACUCUGUUUCGGAGUUUCGCUGUGGAAAAUACAAUGCAGCAGCCCCUCAUUGCUUUUGAUGGGAUUCUGCUGUACCAUUCACACUAGGGAAAUUCCGGACAUGUUUAGCUUUUCGGUGGAAUGCGCUCGGAAAUGCAUUGCUGUCUAUGGAGAAGGCUCAUUUUCGAGUGGUCCUAGUGCCAGCUUGUUCAGUCAAAGUAAUCGGCUGUGGAUUUUCAGCUGCAGAAAAUCACCGCAACUCAAAACCAACCGCAGUGGGGAAACUCGCAGUUAAUCUGCCCAUGGGAAUGUACCCUGUAAUGUCCUGCAGCAUGUCCGUAUAUUAUGUUUAAAAACUUUGCUUUUAAGUGACUUCUUAUGUUAUAGUAAAGAAAAAAUCAAGAAAAAAAGUAAAGUCGGCACUGCUACCGCACAUACAAAUGCUGAGUGUGAACUACAACCUACACCUGAUAUUCUCAUAGAACCAAAAUGUGGUGCUCUAUCUUUUCGUGGUGCUCUAUCUUGAAACAAAAGCCUUAAAUCCAUAUGUGCGGAAAGGUGAGAUGGCCCUCGCGUUAUAAAGCAGUUACUCCAUUUUAUUUAUAUGUUUGGUCCAGGAUACAGAUAAAGGGCAACGGCCCGUUUCACGCUGAGAUGCGCUUCCUCAUGACCAGAGGUCAUGAGGAAGCACAUCACAGAGUGAAACGGCCUGUACAUAUGUCUUUUAUUAUAGUGCUGUCAUAUUUUAGAGCUGCAUUUAGAAUUCUGAUAGUUAUCAUCGCUGAGUGGUGGAAAUGCUAUACAGCAGAGAUGUAAUGUCCUGCAGCCUGCCUGUGAAUGCAGCUCUGGAUGUGAGUGGAGUAUAUAAUAUAGUCUCAGCUAGGAGUAUAUAGGACCAUUAAAAUGGCCGAACAAGAACAGAUCUGGGUCUGCUCCUUAUCAUCUUUGUCAUGUACUUAGCGCUCCAGGUCUCGUGUGUUUUAGGGAGGGGGGGGGGGGUGUUAUUUUUUUUUAUUUCAUAUUUUUAUGACCUUAUGUUGAUGUUUAAUAUAGAUAAUGACCAGGUUUUUGCCUUUACUGACCAACGUCUUAGUAAUACCGCGGCCUCUGUACAGAUGUAGUGUAAAUAAAAGUCUUUAUACUGUAUGUGCUGCACCAAUA